AUGUCUGUCACCGAAACAUUACGCAGAUUCCCCUCGUGGGUGCCACAGAGCUCAGUAUUUGUCAAUCUGCUGCUGCUCUGUACGGCUUUCAGUACCGGCUCAGUACUUGGCUACGAUGCUUCGAUGAUGAAUGCUCUCAACAUCUUGCCCCAAUACACAGACUACUUCAGGCUCACUCCCGCUACCACGGCCUUGAACUCGGGGAUCAUCUGGGUUGGCGCAACUGUGGGAAGCAUCUCCUACGCCAGGGUCUCAGAUUGGAUUGGGCGAAAACCAUCUUUAUUCUACGCGGGUAUUAUUGCUAUCUGUGGCGGUGCCCUCACAGCUGCUUCCCAGAACAUCGCUAUGUUCUUGGUAGCUAGGACCAUCCUCGGUCUCGGCAUUGGGGCGACAUAUGUAGCCGUCCCCGUCUACAUCGCAGAAGCCCUUCCUCUCAAAUACCGCACCGCAGGUCUGGGUAUCCUCAACGAUGUGUACUACGUCGGCGGUCUACUAUCUGCUGGCAUAACCUACGGGACCUCCCGUUUCCUUUCCACCUGGGCCUGGAGGCUGCCAGCGUUGUUCCAAAUCGCCUUUACAAUCAUCUCUCUUCUUGCGCUCCCCUUCGCCCCAGAAUCUCCUCGUUGGCUCGCGUUCCAGGGCCGCAAGAAUGAAGCCUUAGUUGCUCUCGCCCAAGUGAACUCAAAUGGCGACAUCAACGAUCCAGCAACCCAACUCCAGUUUGUUCAGAUCUGCGAGACUCUGGAGUUUGAGAAGGAAAUGGAGACGCCGAACCCCAAAGAACUGUGGGUCAACAGAGGCUACCGAAAGAGAAUGCUCAUCACCUUUUCUGUUGCCAUCUUCAGUAUGAUGACGGGCAGCAACAUCUUUUCUUACUACCUUGGCACGGCGCUUACCAAUGCUGGCAUUACCAGCUCAACCACUCAACUCCAGGUCAACGUUAUUCUUAACGCAUUCUGCUUGGUCAUCUGUCUCUUCGGCACAUACAUGGCAGACCGACUGGGCCGAAAGAUGUUGACCAUCAUAUCGACUGCCUUGUGUACCGUCACUCUGUUCAUCAUCGGAGCGUUGACCAAAGAGUAUGGCGAUUCAACAAACAAGGCCGCAAUCUACGCCAAUGUCGGCAUGAUGUUUCUGGCCCAGGGAGUUUACAGCUUUGGGUGGACUCCGAUUCUUCAAAUGUACCCGCCGGAACUUUUGAACUAUCAGAUCCGCAACAUCGGAAUGUCGUGGUGCAUUACCUGGCAAAACAUGACCAUUCUGAUUCCCAUCUUUGCUUUCCCCAUUGCUAUGAACAACAUCGGAUGGGUUACUUACAUUAUGAAUGGCGGUUGGAACAUCUUUGAACUGUUUAUUAUCUGUAAGUACUGGCCGGAGACCCGCGGUUUGUCCCUCGAAGAGAUCUCUGUUCUGUUCGAUGGCGAAAUACACUCGCAGGUCACCGAUGUGAAGCAUAUCAUCGAAGGCGUGCCCUCCAAGCUGGACACGGAGAAGGUUCAAUCAGCAGUCAAGGCCGAGCUCAGCAACAAGUCGGAGCUAGUCACACAAUGAAUGGAUGUCCCAAGACAACAGCAAGCUAGGUAGUCGGGGUACACUGUGGCAAUGCGUAG